CAGCAGACUUUUCUCCGGCAGUCAUCAUGGCCCAGCCCGUCAAGAAUGUCAUGCUGGUAGGAGCAUCCGGCCUCUUCGGCGCCCACGUCCUCCACGCCCUGCAAUCCCACUCCCCGCAAUUCACCAUUACAGCACUCACCCGGUCCUCGUCGACCGCUAGCUUCCCCGCUUCCCUCAACACGAUCCCCAUCGAGGACACCUAUCCCCUCCCCGACCUCAUCGCAGCAUUCACCGGGCAGGAUGCAGUAAUCUUAACCCUGCCCGGCCGCCCGACCUCGGAGCUGCAGAUCCGCAUGAUUGACGCCGCCGUCGCGGCGGGUGUGAGGAGAUUCGUGCCCAGCAUGUUCGGGAAUAAUACUUCUCGGGAGGCCGGGGAGAUGGUGGGUUUAUACGCGGAUGAGAACCUAGUUAGGGAGCAUCUGCGCAGGAAAUCGCGAGAGAGGCACGCGAAGGGCCUUGAGGGAGGAGGGUUCACUUACACGAUCCUCCACCCAGGACAGUUUUUCGACUGGGGCCUCGAGAGCGGGUGGUUGAGUUUCGAUGUAAAGGGGAAGAAGGCGGUUGUUUAUGGGAGUGGAGAGAGGAGGUGGAGUACGAGUACCAUCGGGACUGCCGCGGAGGCGGUUGUGCGGUGUUUUGAAACUAAGGAGGCGAGGGAUAGGGAGCUUAGGGUUGCAAGUUUUACAGUUAGUCAGAACGAGUUGUUGGGGGUUUUCGAGAGGUUGACGGGGGAGAACUGGGAGGUGGGGAAGGUCGACUGUGCGGAGGCGAGGAAGAGGGCUCGGGAGAUGGCGGAGGGGGAAUACUGGGACAGGUUGAAGAUGGAGAUUAUGGUGUUACUUGGGGAAGAUGAGGGUGGGGAUAGGGGGCAGGAGUUUGAGAGGGAUAGUGAUGGAUUGUGGAAUGAGAGGUUAGGACUGCCGAGGGAAAACUUGACUGAGGUCCUAGAGAGGGUGGUAAAAAAGACUAUGAUACAGUAGAUGAUGUUAUCAAGGUACGGCACAUCGUUCCAGGUGACAUCGGCUUGAAAGUUAUCCCAGGAUCAUCCCGAC